CAGUUGCUGAUGGGUUUGUUUCACUUUGGGUUUCUUACUGUUUAUUUGUCCGAUCCGCUGACCAGAGGACUAACUACUGGAGCUGGAGUGCAUGUAUUCACCAGUCAGAUUAAGCAUGUGUUCGGAAUCUCUACUGGAAAAUUCACCGGACCUCUUAAACUAGUUUUUUUAUACAAGACGUUUUUUGAGAAGAUUGUUGAUACCAACAUGGCUCCUCUUAUCACAUCCCUCAUAUGCAUUCUCAUCAUCUACAGUUUGCAGAAGUGGGUGAGUCCUAAGAUGAGGAAAGCUAUUAAGAUUCCUCUGCCAGCGGAACUCAUAGUUUUGAUUUUUGGCACAUUGAUAUCACAUUAUUGCAAAUUUUCAAGUCCUCAGGUUUUUAACAUGAAAGUUGUUGGGAAAAUUCCUCAAGGCAUACCCUUUCCGAAGCCUCCCAACCUUCUGCUUAUCCCGCAAGUUGCCCUGGAUGCGUUUGCAAUUGCUGUUGUAUCAUUUACUAUCAACAUAUCAAUGGCGAAAAUGUUUUCCAGCAAGCAUGGAUACAAUCUCGAUAGCAAUCAAGAGCUGAUAGCCUACGGGAUAUCUAAUAUUGUCUGUUGCAACCUGAACUCUUACGUUAGUACGGCGUCUCUGUCGAGAUCUCUCGUACAGGAAUCAACAGGCGGAAAAACACAAGUUGCCGGAUUGGUAUCGUCGUCGUUAUUAUUAGUUGUUCUGCUUUUCAUUGGACCACUGUUCCACGAUCUGCCUAAUUGCAUCUUGGCCGCAGUAAUUAUUGUGAAUCUUCGAGGCAUUUUUCUUCAGGUAUGCGAUCUUAAAUAUCUCAGUAGGAUCUCUAGAGCAGAUAUGUUCACGUGGUUAGUUACUUGCUUAGGAGUCGUACUGACUGAUGUUGAUUUUGGAUUGCUCGUUGGACUUGCAUUUUCAUUUCUAACCAUUGUGCUCAGGAAUCAAAUAACAAAACUGCAAAGCCUGGGUAACAUUCCAGGUACAGAAUUAUACGAGGAUGUUCUAGAUUAUCAUGAGGCCAAAGAGAUAAAUGGUAUCAGAAUAUUUCGCUUUAAGAAUUCAUUAUUUUUUGCAAAUGCUGAAUACUUCCAAACCUCCAUG